GCAUCAGAACCUCCUCCAGCCCGCGGAGCUCAGACGCUCAAACCCGAUGCUGACCGAGCUGCGCUGCUGCUGCUGUGAUCCUGGUUCUGAGGGCAGACAUGGAGAAAGAUGGACGGGAGAACUGGGAGAACCCCACGCAGUUUAUACUGGCCUGUGUCUCAUAUGCUGUGGGUCUGGGCAACGUCUGGAGGUUUCCUUAUCUCUGUCAGAUGCACGGAGGAGGAGGGUUCUUGAUACCAUACCUCCUCAUGCUGCUUCUGGAGGGUGUGCCCUUGUUCUACAUGGAGCUCGCCAUCGGUCAGAAGAUGCGUUUAGGCAGCAUUGGAGCAUGGACUGCAAUAAGCCCUUAUUUAGGAGGACUUGGACUUGCGAGUGUUGUGGCAUCUUUAUAUCUGUGUCUGUAUUACAACAUCAUCAAUGCAUGGAGCUUCUGGUACCUCUUUAAUUCAUUUCAGUCCGUCCUGCCCUGGGCUGUUUGCCCCAUUAACUCCAACCGGACAGGUCCUAUAGAGGAGUGUGACAGAGCUACGCCCACUCAGUAUUUCUUCUACAGGGAAACACUGAACAUCUCCUCCUCUAUUCAAGAAAACGGAGGWAUUCAUACAGGCCAGGCACUGUGUCUCCUGCUUUCAUGGGCGAUUACGUAUCUGUUCAUCGUCCGAGGAGUGAAGUCAACCGGAAAGGUUGUGUACUUCACAGCAACUUUUCCAUAUGUUGUUCUGUUUAUCUACCUUAUUCGAGGCAUGACUCUCCAUGGAGCUGUGAACGGGGUCAAAUACAUGUUCACACCCAAGAUGGAAGAACUUGCCAAACCUACCACUUGGAUCAAUGCAGCCACUCAGAUCUUUUUCUCUCUGGGUUUGGGUUUUGGAUCACUCAUAGCUUUUUCCAGCUACAACCAGUACCACAACAAUUUUGAGCGCCAGGCCAUCAUUGUCUCUCUCAUUAAUAGUGGAACCUCCAUCUUUGCCUCUAUUGUCACCUUUGCCAUCUAUGGAUUCAAGGCAACUGUCAACUAUGAGAACUGCCUGGAAAGGAUGCGCACUCUGCUGCUGAACACCUUCAGCCUCUCAGAGGACAGCAUCACUGUGGACAAUGUCUUUGAGUGGGUUACCCAGCUGAAUUCAACCUAUCCAGASCAGUUGGCUGAACUCAGCGGCAGACUGGAAGACUGCAACCUCGAGGAUGAACUGAGCACCGCCGUGGAAGGGACCGGUCUGGCCUUCAUCGUGUACAGUGAGGCCAUCACCAACAUGCCUCUGUCUCAGCUGUGGUCAGUGCUCUACUUCGUCAUGCUCCUGCUGCUGGGGAUGGGCAGCAUGCUGGGAAACGUCACGGCCAUCAUCACCCCUCUGCGAGACUUCAAGGUGGUGUCUCGCAUAAGCAACGAGUUUUUUAACGGUAUAGUGUGUGUGCUCUGUUUGCUGCUGGGUCUGGGCUUCACCACUCCAUCAGGAAACUACUGGUUCACCAUGUUCAACGACUACGGAGCCACGCUCUCCCUUCUCUUCAUCGUUCUGAUUGAAGUCRUCACUAUCAGCUACUACUAUGGCAUCGGAAGAUUUGAAAAGGACAUCGAAGACAUGCUUGGUCAUCGCCCUAACUGGUUUUGGAAGAUCAUGUGGGCAGGAGUCAGUCCUCUUCUCCUCAUCGCCAUCUUGUUGUUCUACAUCGUCAGCUACAUCCAGGGAGGAACCCCUACGUACCAGGCAUGGAACAAAGACCUGGGUAAAACGGAGCAGACGGAGUACCCUGUGUUUGGGCAGGCCUUCAUCGGACUUCUUCUGGUCUCAGCCGUGAGCUGUGUCCCCCUCACAGCUCUCUACGUCUUCAUCCAGAGGAGAAAACAGCUUCAUCAGCGUACACAGCAGCUCCCAGUCAGUCCAGUACAUCCUUAGAGACCAGACCAGGAGAGAAAACAUACUGAGACACAACUGAGACCAGACUCAGACCAGACCAAGACCAGGAGUAAGACCAGGAGUGAAAAAAGAUGGAGACACAACUGAGACCAGAUUGAGACUAAAUUGAGAACAUGCUGAGACCAGCCAUAGAUCAGACUGAGACAGGACCGACUAGCUAUAGACCAGACAAAGGCAAGACCAAGACUAGCUAUAGACCAGACAAAGGCAAGACAAAGACUUGCUAUAGCCCAGACAAAGAUAGGACCAAGACUAGCUAUAGACCAGACAAAGAUAGGACCAAGACUAGCUAUAGACCAGACAAAGAUAGG